AUGCUCAAUCCUCCUCAGCUCAGCAGAGAUGGGGAUGUAAUGAUUGGUGGAAUAUUUUCCUUCCACAACAGCUGGGAACAGACAGUACAUGCCUUCACAUCAGGGCCACAGCAAUCCAACUGCAAGAGUUUGAGCCUCCGAGAAUUUCAAAAUGCACAAACAAUGGUGUUUGCCAUCGAGGAAAUCAACAACCGAAAUGAUGUUCUUCCUGGUGUCAAACUGGGUUAUAAAAUCUAUGAUUCUUGCGGCUCAGUAGAAAUGGCCAUAAGAGCCUCAUUGUCCUUAAUUAAUGGCCAUGAAGAAAAUACAACUCUAAUGUCUUGUUCCAAUUCUGCAACAGUUCAAGCAAUCAUAGCAGAAACAUCAUCCACCCCAACAAUUGCCAUCUCUGCUACCAUAGGACCUUUGCAUAUACCUGUGAUCAGUCACUUUGCAACAUGUGCAUGCCUAAGUGACAGGAAGAAAUACCCAUCUUUCUUCAGAACUGUUCCCAGUGAUUAUUACCAGAGCAGAGCUCUGGCUAAGUUGGUCCGGUAUUUUGGCUGGACAUGGGUAGGUGCCCUAUGCAGUGAUAAUGACUAUGGGAACAAUGGUAUGAACACCUUUAUUAGUGCAGCCAAAGAAGAGGGAGUUUGUGUUGAAUUUUCUGAGGCAUUCUUCAGGACAGACCCCAGAGAAAAGAUCCUGAGAAUAGUUCAGAUCAUUAAGACUGCAACCUCCAAAGUUAUUGUAGCUUUUAUCUCAUACUCUGAUAUGGAGGUUCUUCUAAAGGAACUGGCCUUGCAGAACAUCACUGGUUUUCAGUGGAUUGGAAGUGAGUCCUGGAUCUCUGACAUGAACAUUGCUACUACUGAAUGGCAGACUAUUCUGAAAGGAUCCAUGGGUUUUGCUAUCCCAAAAGCUAAAAUCAAUGGCCUAGGGGAAUUUCUGACCACGCUUAACCCAGCUUCUGAUGUAGAUCUUUACAAAAAGUUGUGGGAGACAAUAUUUGAAUGUAAACUACCCACAAGAGAAAAUUCUGAACUCAAAGACAUGUGUAAAGGCAAUGAAAAACUCAGUGAAGUGCAGAACCAAUAUACAGAUGUCUCAGAGUUACAAAUCGCAAAUAAUGUAUAUAAGGCUGUGUAUGCAGUGGCUUAUGCCCUGCAUCAUAGUUAUGGCUGUUCAAAGGGGGACAGUGGAAAAGAAGGUGCUAUUGUGUGCACAAACCUUGCAGAUAACCAUCAACCAUGGCAUGUUGUCAAUGAGUUGAAGAAACUCCAUUUCACCACUACCAUGGGAGAGGAUGUAUUCUUUGAUGAGAAUGGAGACCCAGCAGCGAGGUAUGAUUUGCUGAACUGGCAGCAAGGCAAAGAUGGCAAAACAGUGUUUGUUAAAGUGGGUUUCUAUGAUGCUUCUUUACAAACACACCAGCUGUCAUUUAACAAUAUCAGUAUAGCCUGGGCCCACAGUAAACCACAGGCGCCAGUCUCUGUGUGUAGUGAAAGUUGUUUCCCUGGCACAAGGAAGGCUGUGCAGAAAGGCAGACCGAUCUGCUGCUAUGACUGUAUACCAUGUGCAGAGGGGGAAAUCAGUAAUACAACAGACUCUAUUACUUGCAUCAAGUGUCCACCUGAACUGUGGUCUAAUGACAGGAAAGAUAACUGUGUCUUAAAGCUGGUGGAAUUCCUGUCAUUUGAGGAAUUAAUGGGAAUCAUUCUUGUGUUGUUUUCUUUGCUAGGAGUGUCUUUCACCAUCGCCAUUGCUAUAAUUUUCUUUACAUACAAGGACACACCAAUUGUCAAAGCAAAUAAUUCAGAACUAAGCUUCCUGUUGCUUUUUUCCUUGACUCUGUGUUUCCUUUGUUCACUAACUUUCAUUGGACGGCCCUCUGAGUGGUCCUGUAUGCUGCGCCACACGGUAUUUGGGAUCACCUUCGUCCUCUCCAUCUCCUGUGUUCUGGGGAAAACAUUAGUUGUGCUAAUGGCCUUCAGGGCUACAGUUCCAGGUAGUAAUGUCAUGAAAUGGUUUGGGCCUCUGCAGCAGAGACUCAGUGUACUUGCCUUCACUCUUGUACAGGUCAUGAUUUGUGUGAUUUGGUUAACAAUUUCCCCUCCUUUCCCCUACAAGAAUAUGAACUACUACAAGGAAAAGAUUAUAUUAGAAUGUAAUGUAGGCUCAGCUAUAGGUUUUUGGGCCGUGCUGGGUUAUAUAGGACUUUUGGCACUUUUAUGUUUCAUUUUGGCUUUUCUGGCCCGGAAGCUGCCUGACAAUUUCAAUGAAGCCAAAUUCAUCACAUUCAGCAUGCUGAUAUUCUGUGCAGUUUGGAUCACCUUUAUUCCAGCUUAUGUCAGUUCUCCCGGAAAAUUCACUGUAGCUGUGGAGAUCUUUGCUAUAUUGGCCUCCACUUUUGGUUUACUAUUCUGCAUAUUUCUCCCAAAGUGUUAUGUAAUUAUACUGAAACCAGAGAAGAAUACUAAAAAGCAAGUUAUAGGUAAAGCAUCUGUUAAGUGA